AUAUUUUAUAUUGAAAACAAUUAGAUAUAGUUGAAAACGCACCGUCUAAAUCGCACACCUCAGUUUGACCAAAAAAGAGAACAAGAGAUUCCAUUCGUUCCCGAUCUUCGGGUUCCUGUCACAGACACUGUAAUUCAGCAGCUCAAACCCAGAUUCUUCUCCUCUAGACUCUGUUACCUUCUUACUCUCUUUGUCAUCAUUCACAACUGUCAGAGAAUCCCAAACUCCUCCAAAUUUAGUAAGAAAAUCAUUCAUCAUUUCCUGUAGAUUUUCUCUUCCCUCGAAGAGAUGAUGAUGACGAUGAUGCGAGAGAAUACAAAACAGAGCAACAGAGGGUAUGGAGUUCGUGUAUGGUGCUUUGGUUAUCAGGAUAACACUGUGUUAUGGUCCAGAUGCUGACAUUUCAUUGCGAGAUUCAAGGAUUUUCUUCCAUUACUAUAUUGCGUGGCUGUGUUUGUUCAUUUCCUACUUCGCACGUAUACUGUACGCGCUAAUAUAUAAGCACGGAUGGCUUCGGCUUCUUUAAUUCACGCUCGUUGCGGCUAUUCUCCGAGAUUAGCUGGCAAUCCUCAUAAUUAUGGCUUAAAGAACACUGCGCAAGGACAUGGACCCCUAGUGUCCACCUCCUCACCUUCAUCUUCGUCUCCUUCGUGUUCGUGUAACUCUUCGCAGAAUUUGAAUUUCUCUUCUGGUACAACUAAUAAUUGGAAAAAUCAAAGCCUUAUAGCUCACGCAAUGAGUGCUAUGGCUCAUGGAAAUUUUGCAUCCUCCAGGGGCCUUGUGAAUGAAAAAACUGAGCCUGAUCAUCUUCUUGUUCUUGUUCAUGGCAUCUUGGCCAGCCCAAGUGACUGGACAUAUGUAGAAGCAGAGUUGAAAAGGCGGCUUGGAAGAAGCUUUUUAAUUUUCGCAAGUUCAUCCAACACAUUCACUAAAACUUUUGCUGGGAUUGAUGGAGCAGGAAAGCGAUUGGCAGAUGAGAUUAUGCAAGUUGUGAAGAAGACAGAGAGUCUGAAAAGGAUCUCCUUUCUGGCCCAUUCUCUCGGUGGCUUGUUUGCGAGAUAUGCCAUUUCUGUUCUCUAUGCCACAAAUGACUCAGAUUUUGUCCAAGCUGGUGACACUAAUAAUUCACAAACACAGUUCUCUAUGAGACGCGGUACAAUAGCUGGAUUGGAGCCAAUCAAUUUUAUUACCUUGGCAACGCCUCAUCUUGGAGUGAGAGGCAGAAAACAGCUUCCUUUUCUCUUGGGAGUUCCUAUUUUGGAAAAACUUGCUGCACCAAUAGCUCCUUUUUUGGUUGGCCAAACUGGUAGUCAACUGUUCCUUACUGAUGGUAGACCAGAAAAACCACCUCUCCUUCUGAGAAUGGCAUCUGAUUGCGAAGAUGGAAAGUUUUUAUCCGCACUAGGUGCAUUUAGACAUCGGAUCAUUUAUGCUAAUGUAUCUUAUGAUCAUAUGGUUGGCUGGCGCACAUCUUCAAUAAGAAGGGAAACAGAACUUUUUAAGCCUCCAUACCGAUCUUUGGAUGGUUACAAGCAUGUUGUGGAUGUGGAGUACUGUCCACCAGUUUACUCUGAUGGGCCGCAUUUUCCUCCAGAAGCGGUCAAAGCAAAGGAGGCAGCUCAAAAUGCACCGAACACCAAGAACACGGUAGAAUAUCAUGAAAUUAUGGAAGAGGAAAUGAUUCAAGGUUUGCAGAAAUUAGGAUGGAGAAAAGUUGAUGUCAGUUUUCAUUCAGCGUUCUGGCCUUAUUUAGCUCACAACAACAUACAUGUUAAAAAUGAAUGGCUUCACAAUGCUGGUGCUGGAGUUGUUGCUCAUGUUGCUGACAGCCUAAAGCAAGAAGAGAACUCCUCAUUUAUUGCUGCUAGCUUGUAGCCACAGUUACCAUCUGAUACAGAACUUUAAGUUAAAAGUUUGAUAUAUAAAGACCAAAUGAUAAGAUGGAGAAAAAUAAUUUUUGUUGUUUUUCAACAUGAUUAUAUUUAUAAUGAAAAGUAAUUUGGUUUACAUUGCAAA